UAAAAAGGGCGAGCGGACAACAGAAGCCGCUUCAGUCUUUCCUCUGUGUCUGUCCUGCUGCUGUUAGUUUAGUCCUUUUUUCUCUUUUAGACUUUAUUUUAGUCCAUUUUUAGCUUUUACCUUUGUGUUUGUGUGAAUCUAAAGAAACCAAAAUGCUCACUGCUCGCUCUCCUCUCUCCGUGAAGAAUGAAAACGCCAUCCGCAGCCAGCUCAACAACAUGUCGCUGGACAAAGAGAACACGCCUCCGAGUCUGAACUCCACCCGCAUCCUGGCGUCUAAAACCGCGCGUAAAAUCUUCGAUGAGCCUGAGUCCAAAGCCGUGAAGAAGAGCGGCAGCGAGGGGGAGGAGCCUCUUCUGAAGGAAAACCCUCGCCGCUUUGUCAUCUUUCCCAUCCAGUACCACGACAUCUGGCAGAUGUACAAGAAGGCUGAGGCCUCGUUCUGGACCGCAGAGGAGGUGGAUCUGUCUAAAGACCUGCUGCACUGGGAGUCUCUAAAGGACGAGGAGCGGUACUUCAUCUCUCAUGUCUUAGCCUUCUUCGCCGCAAGUGACGGAAUCGUCAACGAGAAUCUGGUGGAGCGCUUCACUCAGGAAGUUCAGGUGACAGAGGCCAGGUGUUUCUAUGGUUUCCAGAUCGCCAUGGAGAACAUCCACUCAGAAAUGUACAGUCUGCUCAUUGACACCUACAUCAAGGACCCCAAAGAGAGAGAGUACCUGUUCAAUGCCAUCGAGACUCUGCCCUGUGUGAAGAAGAAGGCUGACUGGGCCAUCAACUGGAUUGGAAACAAGAGCGCCAACUACGGAGAGCGCGUGGUGGCGUUCGCAGCCGUGGAGGGAAUCUUCUUCUCUGGUUCUUUCGCUGCCAUCUUCUGGCUGAAGAAGAGAGGCCUGAUGCCCGGCCUGACCUUCUCCAAUGAGCUCAUCAGCAGAGAUGAGGGUCUGCACUGCGACUUUGCCUGUCUGAUGUUCAAACACCUGGUGAACAAGCCAUCUGCUGAGACCGUCACCAGCAUCAUCAAGAACGCCGUGGAGAUCGAGCAGGAGUUCUUGACGGAGGCUCUGCCAGUGAAGCUGAUCGGGAUGAACUGUGACCUCAUGAAGCAGUACAUCGAGUUUGUAGCAGACCGACUGAUGCUGGAGCUCGGGUUCAACAAGAUCUACCGAGUGGAGAACCCGUUUGACUUCAUGGAGAACAUCUCUCUGGAGGGAAAGACCAACUUCUUUGAGAAGCGUGUGGGUGAAUACCAGAGGAUGGGCGUGAUGUCAGGCACCACAGACAACACCUUCAGGCUGGACGCCGACUUCUAGAUUCACUUUAACUUUCCACUGGAACUCUACCUCUCACCCAGUGCAUUCUGGGAUAUCUUGAAUCAUGGACGUGUACAGAUGAUUUUUAAGGUGCGGCUGGUUCAGCUACACUGAUUGGGUCCAAGUUUGACACUGUAAAUAUGUUUUAUUGUUGUAUUAAAGCUGUGGCAGAUUUAUCUAUUAGUACUUUUAGAUUCUCAGUGUUUUGUAAUUUUCUUUAGAGAUGUACAGUUUCCUUUUAAUGCUCUUGUUGUUUUGUAAUAAAAGUUGUAGGAAAAGAAA